CACACCACACACCACACACACACACCACACACACAGACACACCACACACACACACCACACACACACACCACACACACACCACACAUACACACAGCACACACACACACAACACACAGCACACACAGCACACACACAGCACACACACACACAGCACACUCACACAGCACCUCACACACCACACAGCACACACACACAGCACACACACACCACACACACACACACACCACACACACAGCACACACACAGCACACACACACAGCACACACACACAGGACACACACACACACCACACACACAAGAAAAGGGUGCGGGUUAGUCGUGACGCCGAGCAAUCAUCACUGCCCAGUCACCUCCCACAGGUCUACGCCCAGGAGCAUCGGCGAAGAGGAUCAUCCGAGCCGGUCCUGGGGGGCCCUCCCCCCUCCUGGGGUGUCGACUCGCCUUCAGGUGUGAGCCACCGCUCCCGACCCCGGGGGCCAGGACACUGGACUUGCGGCGAGACGAUUGAGACGAUCCAGGCCGCACCGAACGGGGCGUCCGAUGAGUCGGGACCAAGACGCGAAGGCAUCGUCGCGAGCUCCGGGCCGCCGGUGACGAGGACGCUCGCCUUAGGUGGGCGGCCAUCACCGGGCCCUCUGGAGACGACUUGGUUCCUUGCCAGGCACCUGUCGGAGCGAGACGCCUACCUGGCCGAGGCACGCAACGGGGUCAAGGGGGGAGGAGGGGGGAGGAAACACCCCGCGAGACUCGGUGGCGAUACGAGCCAAGGCAAGCGAGACGACAUCCAGGUGCCCGGCCUACUGAGACAGGCCCUGCAAGGUCAUCCGGGCGUCUAGUCCGCAGGGAUGGAGGCGCUGCUGGGACCCCCGGGGGGCAGCUUCGUGUCCACGGGUCACCUUGAGGGGCCCCGCACGGCACCGACUCAGGCACCCCCUGAGGGAGCGACUGAGGUACCGGCUGACAUGACUCAGCAGCUACCCACUCAGGUGACCACGGAAGUAGUCGCUCCGGUCCCGACUGAGUUACCCCCUUCAGGCGCACGUUCAGGUAUCCCGUCAUGUACCCCCUGGGGUAUUGGCGCAGAUAUCCCCUCAGCUACCGAGUGAUCUAUCCCCUCAAGCACCCUCUGGGGUGUUGCCUCAGUCAUCCGCUCAGGUCCUGACUCAGAUACUCCCUCAGGUAGCCCUCGAGGUACCCCCUCAGGUGCCUCAAGAGAUAUCUCCCCAGCAACACACUGAGGUACCGACCGAGACAUCCCCUCAGAUAUCAUCUCAGGUAUCACCUCAGGUGUCCCCGCAGGUAUCAUCUCAAAUGUCCCCUCAGAUGUCAUCUCAGGUGUCCCCGCAGGUAUCACCUCAGAUGUCAUCUCAGAUGUCCCCUCAGAUGUCAUCUCAGAUGUCCCCUCAGAUACCAUCUCAGGUAUCAUCUCAAAUGUCCCCUCAGAUGUCAUCUCAAAUAUCAUCUCAGAUGUCCCCUCAGAUGUCCCCUCAGAUAUCAUCUCAGAUGUCAUCUCAGAUGUCCCCUCAGAUGUCCCCUCAGAUGUCCACUCAGAUGUCCCCUCAGAUGUCCACUCAGAUGUCCCCUCAGAUGUCAUCUCAAGUGUCUCCUCAGGUAUCAUCUCAGAUGUCAUCUCAGAUGUCCCCUCAGAUGUCAUCUCAGAUAUCAUCUCAGAUGUCCCCUCAAGUGUCCCCUCAGAUGUCCCCUCAAGUGUCCCCUCAGAUGUCAUCUCAGAUGUCAUCUCAGGAAUCUCCUCAGAUACCAUCUCAGGUGUCCCCUCAAGUGUCCCCUGAGAUACCAUCUCAGGUGUGCCCUCAGUUGUUAACCCCCGAGAUGUCGCCCGCGACCCGGGCCCUCAAGUCGGCCCUGAGGAGGUCACCGAAUGCGCAAGGGGUCACGGAGAGUAGCAGCAGCAGCGGCGGCGGCGGCGGCAGCAGCAGCGGCAGGAGCGUCGUGUUCGUCAUGGAGAGGAAUACCGUCAAAAUCUUCUCCAAGGAGGAGGAGGAGGACGAAGAGGAGGACAACGAGGUGAUGGACGAGGGGAAGCAAACCUCGAAGGUGUCUGGCGACGUCAACGGAGGAGAAGAAGAUGAUGAUAUCGACGAUGACGUUGACGGCCUGAGUCCCGCGAACCAUUAUCAGUACCCCCAUAAACAGCAUCGUCCUCUCAACAACAACAACACCACCACCACCCAUCACCGACCUCGUGAACGGCAACGCGGAGAGGAAAGAGCUCGCUAGGUCCAGCGGCGGCGUCGUCGUCGACGGCCGCGGCCUAGCCGAGGCCUCGCGAGCCCCCCUCCUCGCCUGCUCCUCCUCCCCGGCCAUGAUGCUGCGCCACCGGCCGCGGGGCAGCGUCUUCGCCGAGUCUCCCGCCUCGCGGUUGCGCCGCGCGGCCCCGGCGGGCGGGUUGAGCUCGUCGGCGUCGUGGAACCCGGCGUCUGGCCGGGGGCCGAUGUCCGUCAUCCCCAGGGUCUCGCCGGCGCGGGACGGUGCGGAGAAGCCUCUACCAGGCCUGGUAGAGGCCCGCGCCGUGGCCGCGGCAACCCUCUGGCACACACGCAGCCCCGUAUCCCGUACCCUCCUCCUCCUCGUCUACCCCGAACGGGGGUCUCGGCAAACACGAACACGGCCGCCGCCGCCGCGACCAGCUGUAUUGUCAUCGCCGCCGACUCACCUGGAUGGAUUUGUGUCACCUGGACACGCGGCUGACCGUGAGAGACUUGCACCCGGCCACACGGAGACAUCCCCGGCACCACUGGACCCUGUAAGUCAUAAACUCCACCAUUAACCUCCCCUCACCCCUCCGCCCCAAUGACCCUAACGCUGCCAAAACCUGACCCCCCUAACCUCAAGCUUAAACCGCCGCCUCGCCCUCAACGUGAGUGCUGACCCUGAACCUUCAAAGCCUCUAGUCCUGACCCUGUAAGUCAUAAACUCCACCAUUAACCUCCCCUCACCCCUCCACCCCAAUGACCCUAACGCUGCCAAAACCUGACCCCCCUAACCUCAAGCUUAAACCGCCGCCUCGCCCUCAACGUGAGUGCUGACCCUGAACCUUCAAAGCCUCUAGUUCCUGACUACUUCCAUCUGCAUACAAGUCCCCAUCGCCCCGUGUGGAACUCGACUUUGAACUCGUGCGAGGACUCCGCACAGAUGGACCACCAGAGUGGAGAUGGAGCGAUGUUUGCCAGUUGUUUGUGUGUGUGUGGGGGGGGGGAGCCUUCAUCCAGCAGUGCAUCGAGAAUGGCUGCUGAUGUGGUUUUGUGUUUCGUGGCUGUCGCGACGCGCUACGGACCCGGCGACCAGGAAUCCCCUAGGUCGACUCGGCCUCAAAUGAGUCACUUGGGGAGACAAAGGCGGCCGGGCGUGGUGCUGGCCCACUCACACCCCCUCGUGUGCCACAGUGCCGGCCUUCAUAGGUGCUGCUGCUGCUACUCGCUAAACAGCACUUGGCUCAACAUGCCAUUACAGGGUGGGAACAUUUUGUAUAUACAGUAUACGGUAUGCGUAAGUCGUUCUAUGAAAUGUUCUGCACUUGGGUAGGUGUCACGGGUUUUAUUAUUAUGUACAGAGGGGAUGGUAUUGGUUGUGGCCAUUAUGUGCCUGGGUGUUGGUCACGUGGGACGAGGGAGAGUGAGUUGAAAUCAUCAUCAUCACCGUGAGAUCAUCAUCAUCAUCAUCACCAUAAGAUCAUCAUCACCAUAAGAUCAUCAUCACCAUGAGAUCAUCAUCACCGUGAGAUCAUCAUCAUCACCAUAAGAUCAUCACCCUGAGUUCAUCAUCGCCAUUAUAACCCCGUUUAACCCAGAGUCUAAAUCAAUCAUCGUGAUUUAAAUCACCAUCACAUCGCGUCAUUAACAUCACCACCACCAUCGUCAUCAUCGCCACCGCUGCCGCGUUCUGGAGCAGUGUUCACUCAUUUUCAGAGGUGGGGGGCGGGGGAGGCAUUUCGUCGAUUAGAAGACAUCAUCAGUGUAAGGUUGCCUCCGCCACACGUUUGAAACCUUUGUGGGGGUUUGUGACAGCAUCAUCAUGUUGGGGGGGGGGUGCUUUCACUCACUGUGUAUUCAUCUUCUUGGUUCUUUCGGUAAAGUCACGUAGAAGAGAAGUAAUUAUUGUAUUAUGUUUUAUUUUUAUUAUUUUAUUACUUCCCUUCUACGUGACUUUACCGAAAGAACCAAGAAGAUGAAUCCCUGCAGUCACGAAAGCUUUAAAUCGAAAUUCACUGUGUAUUGUCGGGGGCCGGACUAAAGACCAACAGCGGGCACCAUUGGACCCCGCGGGUCUUGCAAUGAAUAACAUUUUUAUAUCAUCAUCGAUAACCCUCGUCUCCAUCAUGAUCAUCAUCUAAAUCACCACCACCAUCAUCAUCAUCGUUGAAAUCAUUAUCAUCCGAACCCCAUGUCGCCAUCAUCAUCAUCAUCUACGCACCUUAAUCAUCACCACUGCCUUCAUCAUCAGCAUUAUCUACUUUUGAAAAUCACCAUCAUCACCCUAAGUCACCAUCACCUAUAAUAUCAAAUGUAUCAUCACCACCACCAUCAUCAUCAUCUACACAUCCGGAUCACAAUACAUUUCCAUCAUUUACACAUCUUAAUCAUCAUCACCACCGCCAUCACCAUUACCUACAUAUGAAAAACACAUUCCUGCUGCGGAGGGAGCUGGUAGGAAUGUUGGGUUGCUCGGUCAAUGGCCUGCAGGGUCAACGGCGGCGUGGUGUAUUCCACAAAUAUGCCCGACUGUGAGGGCGGGCACAAGCCGGCGUGAGUAGGUGAAACGUUGAGUUUUAUACGGGCACCACGGGGUGACCAGCCCCUCCCCACCCAGCCCCACC